GUACCACCGACUAGAUGACUUAAUCCAAUUUGUCAAGCAUCAUUAAACGACAGUGACCGCCGGGGUGGCUCCAUCGCCAUUACGCACGGGGUCCUUUGGACAGUGCGGAAGGGUCAAGGGAGGAAGGAAGGAACACGUUGGUAUUUUUUUUUUUUUUAUAGUAAACCAUCCAACUCAGCAGCCCGCCUCUGUCUCUAAUCUCUAUCCUACUAUUUUCCUUUUCACCGCUCAAACAAACCCAACGCAAGCUUUCUCCUUCCCCCGAUCCCAUUUCGAUCUCAAUCUAACAAACUCAAAAUAUAAGAAAAGAAGAAGAGGUCCUUCCUCGAUUAAUAUCUUCAUCCCAAUCGGAUCCAUCUUCCCCCAUUCCAACUCCCGGUCGCGGGCUUUCUGUGUUUCUGAAUCCAUUCGUGUUUUGGUUGGUGCCGGCAUUAACGAUGACUUCCAGGGACGACGCCGAGGAGGCGAACAACCUGAGGAAGCCAUUCCUCCACACGGGGAGCUGGUACAAGAUGAGUUCCCGCCAGUCCAGUAUGAUGGGCUCCUCCACCUACAUCCGCGAUGGCGCCAUCUCCGUCGUCCUCUGCGUCAUGAUCGUCGCCCUCGGCCCCAUCCAAUUCGGCUUCACCUGUGGAUUCUCUUCGCCAACUCAAUCGGAGAUCAUCAAUGACCUGCAGCUUUCCAUUUCAGAGUUCUCAGUGUUUGGUUCUUUAUCCAAUGUUGGUGCGAUGGUGGGAGCAAUUGCUAGCGGUCAGAUUGCGGAAUAUAUUGGCCGCAAAGGGUCCCUGAUGAUUGCCGCAAUUCCUAACGUAAUCGGGUGGCUGAGCAUAUCUUUUGCCAAAGAUUCAUCCUUCUUGUUAAUGGGAAGGUUGUUGGAAGGUUUCGGGGUUGGAAUCAUUUCCUAUACGGUGCCUGUGUAUAUCGCUGAGAUAGCUCCUCAGAAUAUGAGGGGAAGCCUUGGAUCUGUAAACCAGCUCUCAGUAACCAUUGGAAUAUUGCUGGCCUAUCUCCUGGGACUUUUUGUUCAUUGGAGAGUGCUUGCUGUCUUGGGAAGUUUGCCUUGUAUAAUUUUGAUACCUGGCUUAUUUUUCAUACCGGAAUCUCCUAGAUGGCUGGCUAAAAAUGGAAUGGGAGAAGAUUUUGAAACUUCUUUGCAAGUUUUACGAGGUUUUGAUACAGACAUCACUGUUGAAGUCAAUGAAAUCAAGAGAUCUGUUGCUUCAUCAACUAGACGAAAUACCAUUCGGUUUGCAGAUCUCAGACGACGGCGAUAUUGGUUUCCGUUGAUGGUAGGAAUUGGGUUGCUUGUUCUCCAGCAACUCAGUGGCAUUAACGGGAUUCUGUUUUAUUCCACUAAUAUCUUCAAAAGUGCUGGAGUUUCUUCCAGCAAUCUGGCUACAGUUGGAGUUGGCGCAAUUCAGGUUGUUGCUACUGCAAUCACCACAUGGUUGAUGGAUAAGGCUGGACGGAGGCUGCUUCUCAUUAUAUCCACAGUCGGGAUUACUCUCAGCCUACUUCUUGUUUCAGUUGCCUUCUUUGUGGAGAGUUCAGUACCUCCAGAUUCUAGUUUGUACGGUACAAUGGGAAUUCUGUCACUCGUGGGCCUCGUGGCUGUGGUAAUCUUCUUCUCUUUCGGGCUUGGAGCAAUUCCCUGGAUCAUAAUGUCUGAGAUCCUGCCUGUAAAUAUCAAAGGCCUGGCGGGCAGUGUCGCGACACUUGCAAAUUGGUUAGCUUCCUGGAUGGUUACUAUGACAGCAAACCUACUGUUAGGCUGGAGCACUGGAGGAACGUUUGCUAUAUACACAGUGGUGAGCUUAUUCACGGUCCUAUUCGUCACGCUGUGGGUUCCUGAAACCAAAGGAAGAACCCUGGAAGAGAUCCAGUCCUCCUUCCGGUGAAACCAAAAACAAGUUAUACUAUUUGUCUGAGAAUUAUACUAUAUAUCUGUGUUUUAUUGAAGUAAGUAUGGUUAGUCUGGGGUGGUCAUUCCCUUCUUGUACGUUGUCACAUGUAUGUAUCAUAUGUGUCUUCUUCCGCCCUUAAAUUUUGUGGAACUAGAUUUAAUCAUUUCCCCACUUGUUACAUAGCUUAAGAAAGCAAAAACGAAGUGAACGGCUAUUUGCCGCCAAGCAAAUUGCUAUUUGCCGCAAAAAAAAAAAAAAAAAAAAAAAUUUGAAUUCAAA